AUCGUCGUGACUUUGAUAAGAAACACAAAUUCUCUUGCUACAGGACUAGUCGCUAUUUGCAAAGAUGUUCGGUCCGUUUGUGCUCGUGUUUGUAGCGCUCUCUGUGAUCGCCAUUGAUGAAGGAGACAAACGGUCCAGUUGGUACUGUUCGUCCAUCAGACAUCGAGCCUGUUACCCGUACGGAGAACAUCUGAUGUGUGGCACGGACAAUUACACCUACUACAACAGGUGUGAGUUCACAAAAUCCCAUUGUCUGAACAACCAUAUACACGUGGUGCACGAAGGCUCGUGCAACGGGCAGAGCCACCUGACGAGCAACCUCACAUCAGGGGAGCUGCUACUACUUCAGUUUAUGUGUGAGGAUAUCACGGGACACCGUUGUGAGGAGGAUUUUGAUCAGGUGUGCGGCUCCAAUGGUGUGACGUACAUGAACGAGUGUGAGUACGAGCAGGUGAGGUGUAUGCAUAAUGAUCUCACUAUAGUUAAAAAGGGACCUUGUUCACCUUUAGUCAUCGGCUGAGUAACCAUUGACCUUCACGAUUAUCUGUGUCAUUCUUAUUCAAAUUAAACAUAGCCAAAACAAUAUA